AUGUCCAAGGCACUUGACCACGCAAAAAUCUCCCCCCACAGGUCCGCCACCCGUGGCCACAGCGACCAUGGCUGGCUGAACUCUUACCACAGCUUCAGUUUCGCAGACUGGUAUGACCCACGCUACACCAAUUUCGGUGCCCUGCGCGUCCUCAACGAGGACCGGGUCAAGGCGCUGUCUGGCUUCCCCACGCAUCCCCACCGGGACUUUGAGAUCUUCUCGUACAUCCUGUCCGGAGAGCUCACCCACCGGGACUCAAUGCUCCGCAAGGGCGCCGAGGGCGGCCAGUCAGACAAGUUCUACCGCAUGCACCGCGGCGACGUGCAGUUCACGACAGGCGGCACGGGCAUCGCGCACUCGGAGAUGAACGAGCACCGCUCAGACACGGUGCAUUUCCUGCAGAUCUGGGCCAUCCCCUGGAAGCGCGGCCUGGUCCCUCGCUACCACACGAGGAAUUUCCCCGACGAGGAGAAGCGCAGGGGCUUUGUCCCGAUCCUCAGCCCGCUCAGGGCCGGCCAGGACGCCACCAAGCAGGAGGAAGACGAGGCGCGGCCUGCCGUUGAGGGCACCAUCCCCAUCCAUGCCGACUUUGUCAUGGCCGCGGGCAUCAUCGCGCCGGAGCAGAAGUUUGAGUGGAAGGUGGGCGCCGGCGCAACGUUUGGCGCGGAGGCGAAGCAGGCGGGCAAGAGAAAGGUAUAUGUGCACCUGCCCAUGACCAAGGGCGGCAAGGCCAAGAUCAGGCUGGACGGUAGAGAUGACGCCGUGCUUGAGGAGGGCGAUGGGGCGUUUAUCGACGGUGUCAAUGCGGGUGACAAGCUUGCUGUCGAGAGUGUAGGCAGCGCAGAGGCUGAGGUUGUGUUGCUGGAUAGUGAGGCAUAA